CGUCCGGAAGUGUUCCUCAUUCAGAAUUAUCCACCUGAGCGUAUAGUAGCUUCAGUUUACACCAAGCACCCACGAUGGCAGCGGUUGAUAUUCGCCUUCCGUGGCUCGACAAAUUCGAUGGAACGUUUAAGUCCAAGUCCAAAUGCAGAGGAAGCAAGCAGCUCCUGAUGAUGAUGGACAAGGGCUUUGAAAGAGGGCCAUGCAACGACUGGACUGCGCAUGCGCUACACUCCCAGGGCCCGUCCAUGUCAAAAAUCGCAGAGCUGACACGGCUGUCCAUCGAGCAGUCGACAGAAGAGGGUUCCACCACCCUGUUCACCAUGGAGAGGUACACGGCACUACCGUCCUGCUCGGCCGACAACAUACCCGACCUGGACUCCGUUCUGGGAACGUGUAUAAAUGAUCUGAAACGGAGCAACAAGAAGGACAUGUGUCGUAUCCUGUGCUUGUCGGAGGACGUUGCCAGCUGGACGCCCCAGAACGUGCACGACUGGUUAGAGUGGGUAGGGAAGGAAUACGAGCUGCCGAAGGAGAAACUGGCGCAGGCGCUCACAAACUUCGACAACCGGCAGCUGACAGGUCUCCAUCUCUGCAGCCUGACACUGGAGAACUUCUGUUCGCUGUUUCCCAGAGACAACGGCGGGGACCUGGUGUAUGGACUACUGCAGGGCUGGAAAGAUGACUUUGCCGACACCUUCACGGAUGGAUCCGCCUACGGACCUCCGGUAUUUCCCGCCGACACAGACCAGCCACACCAGGAGAUCAUGGGACCAGGGGACCCCAUGCUACCAGGGCCGGUCCCAGAACAGGCCCAGUGGAACCCAUCCUGGCCAAUGGACUCCCGUCAGCGGUAUGACAGUAGUGCCUGCAGUAUCGGCACAAUCUCGCCAGGUGGCAGCUCCAGCACGGACGGGUGUUGCGCGCAGACAGCUGCAGUCAAAAUUGAGAUUUCCGACACGGAAGAUGACGAAAUUGAUUUAAGCUAUUUGCGUAGGAAAGGCUGGAGGAACCCUGUACCUACCGCAUCGGGACCUGGCUAUCCGAAAAAGCGCAGGAGCGGAGGCCAGCCGAUCCUGUGGUUGUUCCUGCACGACUGUCUCGCCAAGCCGGAGGAGUGGUCACACGCCAUCAAAUGGGUCAACAGGACGGAGGGAAUCUUCCAGUUUUCUUCCGAACACAAGGAAAAGGUUGCUAGGCGCUGGGGUGAGAUCAAAGGGAACCGCUGCGUCAUGUCGUACCAGAAGAUGGCGCGGUCCCUGAGGAACUACUCCAACAACAACAUCGUCAUGAAGAAAGUGCGCAGGAAACUGCAGUACCAGUUCCUGCCGCAAUGGCGCCAUGUGUAAACCUUGAACACAUCCAUGUCAACAUGUAACAAGUUGUAUCUCCUGCUUUGAGGAUAGUGCACUAGGUCACAACCGGAUUUUGAUCGUUGUUUUACAUACGUUUAUAAUAGUUUUUACGUAUUGAUACAAGAUGUAAGAUUACAGGGAGUCGGGUGGAAUAGAAUGAUAUGUACCACUGCGAGGUUUGUCAUAUAUUAUCAUUUUUUUUCUCGAUUUAAUAGACUAAGUAUCUUCUACAGAGCCAAACGCAUGAAUUAGAAGCCGUCCUUCAUAUUUAGCUUACGAAAACGGGCAGCUUUAGUGUUACGAAAAGCACAUUUGCAAAUGUUAUUGCAGGGUUUGGCAACAAUGUAAAACAUGGCGCUGGGCGCUGUUUUACAGACAUAGACUAUGUUUUAAAGAAAAGGUGGUCAUAAGAAAUACCAUAAAGUAAGCGUAAGGGUAGGGGAUAAGGUAGCAACAUGCGUUCUGUUUACAUGAUAAUGAUAAAUGCAUUUUGUAUUUUGAGACAUUUCUCAGAAUGAUCCUGUAUGUGACGCUUUGUCACAAACAACAAAGAAAGUGCACGAUGUCACUCAGCGUUCAUGACACUUGUGCACUGCAAUGUAUGUUCAAUCUAAUGGUGUUAUUAUUGAGGUAUUACAAGUGAAAGUUGAAAGUACACUCAUGUUAACUCACAGCUGUUAAGAUGUUUUUUCUUAAUUUUUACUUGAAUCUGCUACAGAUUAAAAUUGUACUACGCAAAUCUAUAUAGCGCAUGGUUGGUGAAAUACUACACAGCAACGGAGUUGAACAUUUAUCGAUUUGGACAUUCCAUACCAAACUAGAAGCCUACCGUUCGAAGUAACGUUAUAUAUAUUUCAGUGGUGAUAGAAGAUUGUAUAAGAUUGUUGAUUUGCAAGCAAUUAAAGAU